AUGUAUGGCGAUUUAGGCAACAAGUUGGUACAACAUGCCAAGCGGACACAGAACCUCGCGCACCUACCGCCCUACCAAGCCGAGAUUGUACGCGCCGUGACGCGUGAAGUCCGGGACCUGGACAAAGAUGUGACGGAGCUUCUCGAACCUUUUCAAGGGUCAUUCGAUCCCUCGGCGGACCAAGCGACGGCGUGCACGCUCCUCGUAAACCACCUUUCGAUGCGGAGGAACAAGCGGUGCCUCCUGGCCUACCAUCGAACGCGAACCGAUAAGCUGGAGGAGAUGGUGUGGAACGGCGUCGACGUGCUUGAUCUAUGCGGGCAGCAGGUCAGGGCUGGCGACUCGGGAGGAGGGGCUUCUCACGCGGGGACCAGGAUGAGCAGCGUCGACGGGGCGACAAGCAGCCUCAGCCCGCAAGAGGAUGAAUAUGUCAGGCAAUACGGGGACCUGCUGGCGGCGUAUAAGGGUCAGUGGACGGAUAUUGACCUGACGGGAAGCCUGGAGCCGCCGCGGGACCUAUUCAUCGACGUUCGGGUUUUGAAGGAUGCCGGGGAAAUCCAGACAGAGUAUGGUGCCAUUACCCUCACCAAGAACAGCCAAUUUUAUGUCCGACAGGGUGACGUCGAGCGGCUAAUAGCCCAGGGAUAUUUACAAAAACUUGGCUGA